AUGCUCAGUAGAACCGCUACUCGCGUCCCAAGCUUUCUGAAGAGUCGUUUGAUUUACGCUCAUUGUUCCUCAAUAAAUUUAGUGACAGAAAAGUUAACUAGUUUCAAUCGCUUAGGAUUUCUAAGUUGUCGUUUUCAUUCGCGUAAUUCUAAUACAGAAUUGGAUUCUUCUACGGGAACUUUGGAUCAUACUAAAAAGAAAGAUGCAGUUACUUUGAGCACUGUCGAAGAUUUGCAAUGUUUCGUGUCACAUCCUGGUACUACAGUAAAUGAUAUUUUGGACAUUGAUGUACGCCUGCUUCCUUCAGAUCUAUGUAUGAUAUGUCUAGAAGCUAUACUGAAAAUUCAAAAACGACCAAAUGAUGCAUUAAUUGAAGGUGUUCAGAAUACUUUAAGGGAUUCUUUAACGUCAUGUAGUGACUGGCCUUCAAAAUAUAUAAAAUUAGAACAUAUGACAAGAUGGCAUAACUUUGACUUAGGAAUUAAUCCCUUCAAUAACUAUGAGGAAAAUUGCUCAUGGAUUAAUUCUGAACAAUUCGAUCUACUGUUGUUAUCAUCUGCAGCUUGUGCAAAUACUUUAUGUUUAACAUCUUUAUUAAAUUUGGCUGGACAUUUUAGCUAUUUAUGGAAUAGAUAUGAACCAAAAGUAUAUGUUUCAAUUCUUCGUCAUGUUCACCAUCAGAUAAAUGAAUUAUCAUCCACUCAGUUAGUCCAGUUAGCGCAUCUACUAUCUAGGAUUGCGUGCUAUCCAGUCGGUGAAUUUCAUGAAUUACUUACGGAGGUUAAAUUGCUUCAAUCAGCAAUUGCCAUCCAUGUAAUGAAUAAAAAAGAUGUCCUGGCUACACUUGAACCAACACUUAUCAUUCGCCUACUGUAUGAUUUACGGAGGUCGCUUGAAAAGCGUGAAAUUUCACUUCUAUUCACAGCUGUUUAUAACAGUCUUGGUUCGAAUACGUCUAACUGGAAUUUGUAUACACUUUCUUUUAUGCUACUAUACAUGUGUAAACUAGAAGUAUCUAAACCGUCAUUGAUAAAAGUUCCUUAUUGUAUACGAGUAAGAGUUGAAAUUAGAUCCCAAAUACUUUAUUGUGGUAGUUGUUUAAGUAAGAUAUCGCGUAAACUGAAAAUAUCUGAAUACCAUCCAUAUGUUAAUCAGUGUCAAUGGGUGAAUGCUAUGCUUUCAGCUUUAGCUAAUUCUACAGUCGGUUUUUAUAGUACGUCUGAAAAUCUUGAAGAAGAAUUACAGUCUUACAUCCAACCACCAGUUUUUGAUUCUUCCAUUAAUGACAACAAGCAAAUGAGAAAAGGCGUAUGCGAUAUUCAUAUAAUGUUCACUGCUGAUUGGGUUCAACAGUUAUUCAGUGAAAUAUCACAUCAUGCUACAACUCAACCGGUUUCAGAUUCAAAUGCUUUAAAGUGUUUAGCACAGCUUGUUUAUUCAUUAUCUUUGUUUGGCUACCAGGCGAAUUCAAUUAUUAAACAUUACAAUGAGGCUGAGAAGAUAAUUAACAACGACGCUUCCAUGUCCACUACGACUGAGCUUACUCAACCGCCAUUCAUAAACAUGGCGAAAUGUUUGUCUACACCCCUAUCUAAAGUUGGCAGUGAGGUUGAGAAAUCAUCUAUCUCUUGGAUUCCACGUGAUGAUUGGAGAUUCUACUACCUUUGUGGCCUUGGACUUCUUAAAAGUAAUAUGAUAGAUAGUCCGUUAUUUUCUGCUUACAUAUCGUCAAAAUUCGAUGAUUUAAAAACAUUAUUUCAUUCAUUCUAUGAACACAAAGACCUACUACAACAUUUGAGUCUUGACAAGUUUCAGGGUAUACAAUAUCUCAAUGGCAGUAAUAAUAGUGAAGUUAUAUACUUUGCAGAUAUCCUUUUUAAAACAAAGUUGGAGAGAAAUAAAGAUGUGCAUAAUUACGUGAUCUGUAUCGUCCAUAAAGACCGGGAUAUUGUUGUCAAGGGUCCCUUGCUUUCACUUUUAAACUUUUAUCGUGAAACACAAUGUUUACCUGUUUUCACGUUUAAUUUUUCUGUAUGGCAAUCGCUUAGAAAAACAGGAAAACAAGCUAUGUUACGAAGUUUUCUAGUCGGUGUAUCCAACAAAAUAUCUCAAGAGAAAGGAUUGUCGCCAUUCGAAAUUCAGACAACAAGCUGUUUAUAUGGUAAAAGAUAUAAAAACUCUUAA